AAAUAUUAACCUUCCAUAUCCUCAGGUCAUCGGGUUCGACGUUUUCGAAUAUUUUCUCUCUAUUCUUUUUAAUCACUUCCUUGAAAUGAGAAACGGUCUUGAUUUCGUCAUUAUGGAUGUCAAACGUGAAGGAGAUCAUUUAUUAUGUGAUAUAAAAACCGUUUCCCCGGAAAACGAUCGUGACAAUAUUGAACGUAGUGUAGAUACUACCCAAAUAAGUGAUCAGCAAAAGACUAUUCCGAAUACUCAUUUACCGAUGGAAAAUCUUAACGAUUCUGAUGAAAUUGAGCUUACUAAAAAUCAAAAUAUAGAACUAGAUUUAAUACGAGAUUUGCAGAAUUGUAUGCUUAUUGCUUUACCUGAUCCCAUAGAAAUACCUUCCAAAGACAUCAUAGAUAAUGAAAAACCAUCCUCUAAAAUUACAACACAAAGCUUGAUCUAUUUAUUUAAGAAAGCAAUACGAUCUGGGCAUCAAGAAAUUUUAUUCUGGAUUUGCUAUUCUGAUAAUUUUGAGAAUAAAGUUAUUGAAAUUCGACAUAAGGCGAGAGUUAACAAUAAAACUGCAAGAACCAAAAUGUAUAAAGAAAUGUUAGAACAUUUACCAG